UUCAGUUUUCUUUGAAUCGAAUUCCUGGUUGUUCUCUGAAGUUUCAAUUCCAUGGAAGAACAAACCACCCCGAAACUGAAAAAACCUCCAAAACCCAGCAAGCCCAUUACAGAGCUAUGGUGGUUUUUCGCCGCAGCCGCCUGCGUAAAGCUGCUACUGAUCCCAGCCUACAAAAGCACAGACUUUGAGGUCCAUCGCCACUGGCUUGCUAUAACCCACUCUCUGCCUCUCUCUCAAUGGUACUUUGACGAGACCAGCCCUUGGACCCUUGACUACCCUCCAUUCUUUGCCUACUUUGAGCGCUUCCUAUCCAUUUUUGCCAAUCUCAUUGACCCACAAAUUGUUCACCUCCAAAAGGGCUUGAAUUACAGCUCAAACACAGUGCUUUAUUUCCAAAGAAUCUCUGUUAUCUUCUCGGAUUUGUGUCUUUUGUAUGGGGUUUAUAGAUUGACUAGGAAGUUGGAUUCAACGAGGCAAAAACUGAUCUGGGUACUGGCGGUUUGGUCUCCAAUGCUUGUGAUUCUGGAACGUUUGCAUUUUCAGUACAAUGGAUUUUUCCUUGGGAUUUUGUUGAUUUCGCUUUCUUAUUUGGAGGAAGGGAGGGACUUGAUGGGUGGACUGGUUUUUGCCGUGUUGUUGUGUUUCAAGCAUUUGUUUGCUGUGGCGGCACCAGUUUAUUUUGUCUACUUCUUGUGGCAUUAUUGCUGGAAAGGAUUUGUGAGAGGUUUCUGGCGGCUUUUCAUUUUGGGAGCUAUUGUUGUGGCUGUUUUUGCAGUGGCUUAUGGACCCUUUAUCUAUCAUGGACAAGUAAUCUCUAUGGCUUUGACAAUUUGUCUUUAGAUGGUUAUUGGCCAUCAUCGUCGUAUUACUCUUAUCUGUUUUUGUGAAGAAAUCUCAGAGCAUAUUAACCCUUGCAUGUGUGAAUACUCACCAAAGCAAUGAAUGGCUGGGAAUUUUUCCUCUGCAAAUGGGAUUUUUAUGACAGCUGAAUAUAUGUUAUACUACGGAAAGAAAUAGUAAGCGAGUUCUUAGGUGUGCCAAUUCUAUGUUUUCUGUUUUGU